CCCGCGGGGUCACGAAGGCACGAUUGCGAACGUAUUACACGAGCGAAGGCGACGACCAGCGACGACGACGAUUGUAAUGGUUGGAAUGGGCCGAGCGUAAGUCGUCCAAGUCGCCUGAAGCUGUCAAGCUGCAUCACGCAGUCGUAAUCCAGCUCUUCCGUCCAUUCCCGUUUAUCUCGGUCGACGACGCGACAGAUUUUGCGGAAGGUCACCCACCUACCACGAUGAGCGACGAAGGAUUCGACCCCUGCGAGUGCAUGUGGAAUCACAUGUCCAUGCAACAUCUGCUUUCUAUCUUACGACAAUCUCAGGAUUAUUGUUCGGAUACUGAGUGUUUCAGUGUGUCGAGAUUUCCAGGGCCGCAGACGAAUGUUCGGGAAUGUUCAGACUUCCUCUUUACUUGCUUAAUUAUUGGCUUCAUCGCUCUCCUGUACGCAUUUAGACCGAGAUCUUUGCGACAUUCGACCAGGAAUGUUAUCAACAAGAACAGCAAUGAGCCCGGUUCACACGGGGACGGUCCACCAUCGCCGACGGUGAAUUAAAUAGUGCAGUGCGACAUCGUCAAGGUUUUUGUUAUUCACGGUUUUAUAUAUCAGGAUCUGCGCUGAACUUAUAACAGAAAUAAGAGACGGUAUGAUAUAUGAGAUGAUAUUAAUAAAUCUAAUGUACGCGCGUUAGCGAGCUAUAUCAGUUUGAUUUUUGGAGACUUAACUUCCUUACACGUUGGUAAUCUCAAUUUUACACAAUUUUCUCAAUUGUAUCGCGCGUAUGCGUCUUUCUCUUUAAACUCUUUCUAUAAUAAUCUCGUGCCGAGAUUAUAUGUAUAAGCAUGAUAUAAAAUAAUUUUAUCUCGACUUUUUGAAAGAUAUUGAAGUUUAACUGUUACAUCUAACAUGAGAUCUCUAGCGUUCUAACAUGUUCGUUUAUUGAGAAGGUAAUAACGGAUUUAAUUAAUAAAAUAACAAAAAACUCGCUCACGCGCAAUAAUAAUAAUGUAUU